GUACAAUUUUAACUGUAGCUCAACACGUGAAAGAUUAGACCUUCUUUCAAUAUGUCCAAUAUGUCACAGUCGCAACUUAAGCAGUGGCCAAUAUGGAGGAAGAAUAUAAAGUUUAUAAGUCUCGAUGGCUCAUUUUGGGUCUUUACUCAUUUUACUGCGCUGUGAACGCGAUGCAGUGGCUGCAGUACUCUAUUAUUGCAGAAGUCAUCGAGCAAUACUACCACGUUUCAAUUACGGCCGUAAAUUGGACAUCUAUAAUUUACAUGGUGGCUUAUGUGGUCACCAUUCUUCCAGCAACCUGGUUUUUCAACAAAAUGGGAAUCAGAGUUUCGAUCUUGUUGGCCAUGGGAGGCACCUGUUUGGGCUCGUGGGUCAAAGUGUUAUCUGUGGCUCCUGAUCGCUUUUGGGUCACUUUUCUGGGCCAAACGAUCGUGGCUCUAAGUCAAAUGUACGUUUUCAGCAUAGCUACCCCUUUGGCUGCGACAUGGUUUGGCCCAAGCCAAGUGUCCACCGCUUGUUCUAUCGGAGUUACAGGGCUAAUGCUCGGGAAUGCUUUAGGCAUGUGGAUGCCAACUGCCUUAGUGCCAACGGAAGCGGACGAGCAAAAGGUGGCGGUUGGACUUUCCACAAUGUUUUACAUAAAUGCAGUCUCAUCAUCUGUCAUUUUUAUUCUGCAAUUAAUAUUCUUGAAGUCGCGCCCUCCUAGUCCUCCAAGCAGUGCUGAAGCUGUCAGAGAAGCUUCACCGGCGUCAGUGAGAAUAUUUUUAAAAUCUUUAUGGCGGCUGCUGAAAGACCGAAACUAUUUCAUCCUAUUUACAAACUUCAGCUUAAACGCUGGAGUUUUUUCAGCAAUUUCAACAUAUUUAGGCCAGAUAAUUUCAAUUUAUUAUCAAAACGGUCAAGAUGAUGCAGGAUAUAUUGGAUUUAUUUUCAUAGUUGCUGGGAUGGUUAGCAUGCCACUUGUUGGAAUAAUCUUGGACAGAACCAAACUUUAUAAGGAAACUUUGGGAGUGAUUUAUUUAACAACUAUUUUCCUGAUGAUUGCCUUUACUUUUGUUAUGCCAGUUAGUAUCCUGUCUGUCUACAUUUCGUCCGCAGUUUUAGGGUUUUUCUUAAUUGGCUACCUGCCAGCUGCAUUUGAGCUUGCAGUUGAAAUAACUUACCCUGAAUCUGAAGCCAGCUCUUCAGGAUGCAUGGCGCUGGGUGGUCAAAUCUCUUCCGUGAUCAUUUCGCUUGCGUACGGUGCUAUUUUAGAGGCGAGCAAUGAUGUUGCCAGUAACUGCUUCCUUGCCGCCCUGCUGGCAGUUGGCAUGAUUCUAGUCUUCUUCAUCAAGUCUGACCUGAAGAGACAAAAAUCAAUAAAGGGAUGAUUAAAUAAAAUCUAUGAUGCAUAAUUUGAUAAUUGUGGCCACAAUAAUUACAAGGCUCUGCAGCAUAUAGAAAUAAAUAAAUUAUUUUGCUAAAAUUAU